GAGAAGAUUGCAGCAAGUGUGUAUAUUGAAAAGGGUUUCAGGGCUUCCAUACUCACAUCUGCCGUUUUGUGCUUAAGAAAAAACAUACAAGCUAUAGACCAAUAUACAACCUCAAUCUAUAUCCCCUCGACCAUAUUAUUCUCCUCAAUUUUCCUCCUUCACUUCUCUGUGCCGCCGUACGCUGCCAUUGACACCGUCGCCGCCGCCGCAUCGCCGUCUUCCGCAUGAGUAGAUAGGGCUUUUCGUCAAAUUCGGAUAUGUAUCCUUCUCGUGGGACUAAUGCGUAUGGCCAACAACAGCAGGGCUACUCCUCCCAAUCCGCCUAUGCGCAAAACUUGGUAUCUGGCCACUCUGGGAGCUCUGCUGCAGGACCUGAUGGUUCCUCUCAACUACUAAUUGCUUCGCGCCAUUCAUCAAUUUUAGGGGGUUCUCAAGAAGCAAAUACAAGUGCAUACAGAACUCAUGGUCAUCACCCCUCUUCUGGGCCUAGUUAUGGUGGACAAUACAGUGCUGUGUAUGGUUCUACUGCUCAACAGACUGCUUCAAUCACUGGAAAAGCAUCUGUUCCAUCCACUAUUGAAGGUCGCACUGGUUUCAGUUCAUCUAUUACAGACUCAGCCAAGUUCGCAUUGGGUGACUAUGUUUCAUCAACCAGCCAUAUAUAUGGCCAUAAAACUGAACUUUAUUCUGAUAGGGUUCCUGAUUACCCAACAUUGGAAAGACGCCAAUAUGGUGAACGACAUAGUGGUGGUUAUGUGGGCGGGAGAGAUUUGCCCAUUGAACCUGCCACUCGUUAUCCUGACAGUAUUUCUUUUAACAAACAUCAGGCUGAAAUAUAUGAUCGCAUGGAUCAAGCUUCAGUUAUCAGAAAAGAACAACUGCUAAAGGCUCAGGGACUGCAAUCUGGAUCUCAUGAAGGGGGGCCAAGACAGAGUGAGUAUCUUGCAGCAAGAAGUGCUGCUGUUCGUCAUGCAGCCCAAAAUCGCCUUUCAGCUCAAGAUCUCAUCGCAUAUAGCACCAGAGCUGACCCCGAUCCUCAUGCAUUAUCAACAUUAGGCAGUUCGUCAUUCGAUGCACAGCAUGCUCCUUCUAUAUUAGGGGCAGCACCACAAAGAACAUUAGAUGACCUCAUUUACUCACAAAACUCUUCAAAUCCUGGUUAUGGUGUGAGCCUACCUCCUGGUAGAGACUACGGAGUAGGUAAAGGACUUCAUGCAAAUUCCCUCGAUUCAGAUUUUCCAAGUAAUAUGAUGGCACGCCAUUCAAGGAUGGACGAAUAUAAGGAUGACAGAAUUCCUUAUGCUCGUGAAUUUGACCGGAUGGAAAAGGAGCGUCUAUAUUUGCGCGAGCAUGAGAAAGACAGAGACAGGGAAAAGGAACGAGAGCGAGAACGGGAGCGGGAGCGAGAAAGAGAGCGGGAACGUGAUCGUGAAAGGGAAAGAGAAAGAGAAAGAGAAAGGGAGAGAGAAAGGGAGCGGGAACGUGAACGACUAAGGAAACGAGAAAGAGAACGUGAACGAGAGCGCAUUCUGGAGCGGAGGGAGAAGGAACGUGAUAAUGAGCGCAAACGUGGAGCUGAAGCUAGGCAUGAACGAACACCUCCCAGAAUAUCUAGGGAGCCCCGAGGCACAUCAGUGACAAAGGACAGUAGAUCCUUAAGGCACGAUUCUCCACGACAUGAAGUUUUGCAUAGGCGCCAUUCACCUGUUAAAGAAAAGAGGAGAGAAUAUUUGUGCAAGGUUUACUCAUCUAGCUUGUUGGAAACUGAGAGAGAUUACUUAUCAUUGGAUAAGAUAUAUCCCCGACUUUUCAUAUCUCCUGAAUGCUCAAAGGUAGUUAUAAAUUGGCCAAAGGGGAAUCUUAAGCUUUCUUUGUACACUCCAGUCAGUUUUGAGCAUGACUUUGUUGAAGGGGAGACUGCAAAUGAGCAGAAAAUGUUAUCACCUAGCAAAUCUGCUAGUGCAUCUGAAAGAUUAGAUCAUGGGGUUACUGUAUGGAAUGCCAAGGUCAUUUUGAUGAGUGGACUCAGUAAAAAUGCUUUGGAUGAGCUAUCUUCUGAAAGAAGCUACGAUGAUCGCAUACCUCACUUCUGCAAUAUGCUUAGAUUUGCUGUUCUUAAAAAAGAUAAUUCUUUGAUGGCAAUUGGAGGUCCAUGGAACAGUGUUGAUGGGGGAGAUCCAUCAGUUGAUGACUCUGCUUUGAUUCAGACAGUGCUUAGAUAUGCAAAGGAGAUAACACAUCUUGAGUUGAAGGGCUGCCAACACUGGAAUCGUUUCCUUGAGAUACAUUAUGAUAGAUUUGGGAAGGAUGGAAUGUUCAGUCACAAAGAGGUGACUGUUUAUUUUGUUCCAGAUUUGUCUGAAUGUACACCUUCACUGGAGUUGUGGCGUGAACAAUGGUUUACUUACAAGAAGGCAAUUGCUGAACGAGAGCGCCAGGAUGCUCUGAGGAAAGAGAAAUAUGAAGAAAAGAAGGAUAGCAAAGACAAGGAUCCUGAGAAAGUGAAAGAUGCUAAGCGGGAUACUAAAGCAGAUAAAAAGAAAGAGAUUUCAGCAUCAAAGAAAGUAGUAGAGGGAAUCAGAAAGGAGAAUGAUGGUAAGCUAAAACAGAGCCUAACUGACAAGGGGGAGAGUGAUAAGAAAGUGACACAGAAUGAACAUGGAGUUGAAACUCGUGAUGAAGGUACAACUGUAAAUAAAACUGGUGAAGGCGAAUCAGGUGUUCAAAAUGAUUCUGGUGUAAAGUCUGGGAAGAAGAAAAUUAUAAGGAGGAUUGUUAAAAAAACCAUAGGUAAGAAAGUCGUGGCUAGUACUUCUAAAGAGAAUCAAGAGAUUCAAGGAAAAGUUGAAGUGAAAACUGCAAGCACAGACGGUGGUGGUCAGCAGGAUGGAUCAUCUGCUAGUCCUAGUACAGUCAAAACUUUUGUAAGGAAGAAGGUUAUUAAGAGGGUCCCAGUUCUGAAAACUGCUCAGAAGGUUAGUGAAUCAGGGCCUUCUGAGGUUAAUGAACCAGUUCCUUCUGAGGUUAAUGAGCCAGUGCCUUCUGUGGUUAAUGAGCCAGUGCCUUCUGAGGUUAAUGAACCGGUUCCUUCUGAGGUUAAUGAACCGGUGCUUUCUGAGGUUAAUGAACCAGCGCCUUCUGAGGUUAAAGAACCUCUGCCUUCGGAGGUUAAAACUUUGAAGGAAUCUGAACAUUCUGAAGAUACUGCAAAGACAAAUUGUGGUAGCAGCACUCCUGUGGUUCAGAAUGCUGGUGUAAAAAGGACUGUGAAGAAAAAAAUAAUUAAAAGGGUGCGUAAAAGGAAAACACCUAUGACCGAUGACAGCAAUGGUGUAACUGUUGCUGAGGGAAACAAAGAGGGUUUGGAGGAACAGUUAGCAGUGCAAGCAGAAAAUGAGGUGCAAAUUGCAGCUAAUGCAGAGGAGGAUAUGAUUUCCCAAGAAGUAAAGGUUAGUCCUAAAGUGAAGACAUCACCAAUGGCAACUCAAGAGACAAAAGCUGAAGAAGCAACUACUGUUACUCUGUCCAAAAUGGAAUCAGUAAACUCUCAAAAUGAUGAUUGCUCAAAACUGGAAAUGAAGGAGCAGCCUAAAGAAGAGAAAGAAAGGAUGGACAAAAAAGAUGAAAGGGAUGUGCCUAAGAGCAAAUCAAUUAAGGAGGUGAAAGAAAAGAAAAGUGAAGAACCUCAGAGCAAAUCAGUUAAGGAGGUGAAAGAAAAGAAAAGUGAAGAACCUCAGAGCAAAUCAGUUAAGGAGGUGAAAGAAAAGAAAAGUGUUGAUCCUCAGAGCAAAUCAAUUAAAGAGAUGAAAGAAAAGAAAAGUGUAGAACCUCAGAGCAAAUCAAUUAAAGAGGUGAAAGAAAAGAAAAGUGAAGAACCUCAGAGCAAAUCAAUUAAAGGGGUUAAAGAAAAGAAAAGUGAAGAACCUCAAGGCAAAUCAAUUAAAGAGUUGAAAGAAAAGAAAAGUGAAGAACCUCCCCGCCACCCUGGGUUUAUUCUUCAAACAGAAGGGAGCAAGAAUUACAAGUUGCGAUCACUGUCACUUUCACUUGAUUCUCUCUUGGACUAUACUGACAAGGAUGUUGAAGAUUCAAGAUUUGAGCUUUCUGUGUUUGCUGAAUCAAUAUAUGAGAUGCUUUAUUAUGAAAUGGGUCUCCGACUCUUGACUUUUCUUCAGGCCCUGCGCAUUAAAGUUGUUAUCAAGAGAAACCAACGGAAAAGGGAGAGGGAGGAAGCAUCUAAGAAGGAAAGUGAGGAAAAACCAUUGACAAAGCGUGCAAAAACAGAAGAGUGUGUGGAUGAUACUGAAUUAACUGGGGUGGAAAAGCAAAAUAAAACUAAUCCAGAUGAAAAAAUGACCCCUGUUAAGGAAGAGCCUAGCUCACCUGUCAAGACUCAAGACACUAAGAUGACACCAGAUGAAGCUGUGCAAAAUGAGUCUGAUGAGGAUGAAGAUCCUGAGGAAGAUCCGGAGGAAGAUCCUGAGGAAGAAAAUGUAGAAGAUGUAGAAAUGCCUGAUGCAGACCCCCAGAAUGAUGCAGAUCAGGAAAAUGUUGAAGGCAGAACUAAUACUGAUUCCAAGAGUGAAAAUGUUGCUGAGGAUGAGAAACCGGUAAUUGGUGUGGAAGCUUCUAAACUAAAUGCAGAUCUUGAUAUUGGCAGCAAAGAUAAUAAGAUAAUUAAGGUGGAGACGGAGGCAAAGGGAGCUCAGGGAGAGGUUAACAAGGAUUUAUUGCAGGCUUUCAGGUUCUUUGAUCGAAACCGAGUAGGGCACAUAAGGGUCGCAGAUCUUAGGCUAAUUAUCCAUAAUUUAGGGAAGUCACUCUCAAACCGGGAUGUCAAGGAUUUGGUCAUGAGUGCUCUUCUGGAGUGCAAUACAGGGAGAGACGACCGCAUUUUAUACAGCAAGUUGGUCAAGAUGUCCAUUUGAACAGUUCAGAAUUGGAACAAAAAACAUGAAAAUAUUUCUCUAUUUAGUUUUCUCAGAUAGGGAACUCUUAGAUGUUGCCGCUGGUUAGCAUUUUAAUUUUCUGAACCAAGUUGAUUGAAAGCCUUCAUGGCAUGAUAUAUUAUCAAACCAAUAUUGACUCUUUUUCUUGCUAGCUACUAGCCUAGCAUGGGUUUGUGUUUUAUAAAAUAAUUUGGGCUAAUUAGCACCCCAUGUUGCCAA